AUGUCCCUCAGCGAUGUCCACGACCAAUACUAUCUAGAGGCGCGCUGCGCUAACACCCAUCUCAAGUUCUAUCUAUGGCUCAAUUUUGGUCUUGCUUUAUUCGACGGACAGCCCGUAGAUGAGCAGCUAGAUGUCGGAAUUGCUGCUUGGAGAAAGCAGGCUAUUAAAGCAUAUGAAAUUUCUGGUUCUCCGCUGGACCAGACCGCUCAGGUUACAAACAACAUGCUGACUGUGAAGGAGCUCCUUGUCCCAAUACCUCGCGAAGAAAUAAGGACUAUGCGUUGUCUCGGACUAAACUAUGCUGACCACGCGGCGGAGGCCAACAUGGAUUUGCCUGAAGUCCCUACAAUGUUCAUGAAAGCCACGACUUCCGUAAUCGGACAUGGUGCCUCUAUAUGCGUGCCUCGGAUAGCGCAGCCCGUCUCUGAGCACCUCCCCGAUUAUGAGGCUGAAGUCGCUAUUAUAAUCAGCAAGCCCGCAAAAGACGUGACUGAGGCUGAUGCGUUGACUUACGUCCUUGGAUAUGCUGCUGCAAACGAUGUGUCAUUCCGCAAACACCAAAUGAUGACGUCGCAAGCCUGCUCAAAGAGCUUCGACAACACUACUCCUCUUGGAUCUUGUAUCGUUUCUAGUCGAACAAUUUCCGAUCCACAGAAUCUUCCGAUUACCUUCACACAGUGCCUUUUCAACACCUUCAGCGAGCAAAUUUUCACCAUUGCCCAAACGGUAUCCUACUUAUCUCAAGGCACAACCCUUGAAGCAGGCUCGGUCAUCCUGACCGGCACACCCAAGGGUGUGGGUUUCACUCGUAGCCCGCCAACUUUCCUCAAGCAUGGUGAUGAAAGCCGAGUGUAUAUCGGGAACGGUAUUGGGACAUUGGUUAAUCCCGUCAUCAAGGAGGGGAUUCAGGAAAACUGGGAACUCACUACACCACAGUAGAGGCCAGACAUGCUCGUUUGGUGCCAGACACUAUAAUGAGGUAUUGUGGACAAAAAACUAAAUUGAUUCCAUUAAUGACCCGACAAAAACCUGGUGCAUGCGUGCUAGUACUAAAAGGCUAGAGACAUUAAUAUAGGUGUUUAUGCUUUGACGGUAAUUUCAUAAGUAGAAGCUUGGUGAAGAAAAGCUCGUUUGAAAUAUGAUACGCGGUGUUAGUUAGCAGUGGAAAACAAAUGCACUUCUGAAGUAGUCUUUGCCAUGAGUGUCGUGAGCGCAAAUCAGAAUGCACAGCUCACCAAUAAGUCAGCCGCUUCACGCCAGAGAAGAACCUGUCCAUCGUGUUGUGAACGAUCGGGAACCUAGAGACACCGCACUUCUCGCUCUCAAUAUGCUGACAGAGUCCGCUGAGAGUGUUGAAGUGAGCACCACAACUCGACAUCGGGCAGCGGUACGACUUGGCCUGGUGGCGAGGGCUCGAGAGAUGUUUGUUCAAGUCGACGAUGGCGCGGAACUGAGACUGGCAAAGAUAACAUUGGUAGGCGCGGCCGUUCCACGAAGCAUCGGUGGCGAUAUACUUCGUCAUGCUGUCGCCGCCAGUCAGGAGGCGCGUGGUGAUGACAUUGCCCCUGUCCACCUGGCGGACGUAGCUAUCGACUGCAUGUCUGUUGACCCCUGAACGGCAACCACCGUUCUCCAGGUGGAGGACGAGGGCAGACUUGGAAACGAAGGCUUGUCCACACCCGCUGAACGGACAUACGAAGUCAGCGCUCCGGUGGAUCCUUGAGUUC